AUGCGUUUGGUGUGUUGGAAUGUGAAUGGGCUGCGUACGUUGCGGUCUUAUGCACCAUGGGACGGCCUGCCGACAUUAGAGGCGUGUCUAGAGGCGCUUCAGGCGGACAUUGCGUGCUUCCAGGAAGUCAAGAUGACGCAUCGACAGCUGACGUAUGCCAUGUGUGUCAUGGAGGCGUAUGACGCGUACUAUGACCUGCAUCCGACCAAGGGGUAUGCGGGGACGGCGACGUAUGUGCGGCGUGCGGUGUGUAUGCCGCGAGAUGCACAAGUGGGCGUCACUGGGCUCGGUCAAGAUCUCGAUGCUGAAGGCCGCUGCGUCGUGCUGGAUUGUGGCCUGUUUGUGCUGCUCAACGUGUACGCUCCGAACGAGACGGACGCUGAGCGUCUGCCGUACAAGAUGGCCUUUUAUCGUGCACUUGAGGAGCGCGUGAGCAAGCUCAUAGAGGAAGGGCGCGAAGUGUUGGUGGUCGGUGACAUGAAUGUCGUGGCGGAUGCUUUGGACCACUGCGAAGGAGCGCACCUACCGCCACAUGCCGCGCGUGUUUGGUUCCGGCAGUGGCUGGCGCCGCAUGGCGCGCUGCACGACGUGACUCGUCGCUUUCAUCCUGAGCGCAAGAACAUGUAUACGUGCUGGAGUACACAGCUGGAUGCGCGCCGAAGCAAUUACGGCUCGCGUAUCGACUAUACCCUCGCAACGCAAGGCCUCUUGCGGUGGAUUCGGUACGCAGACAUCCAGCCCCAUGUCUAUGGCUCGGACCACUGCCCAAUUUAUGUGGAUUUGUACGAUCACCUGGACGGCGAGUCGCUGGCCGACGUGGUCCGGCCCGGUACAGAGGCGCCGCGCCUCGCAGCGUCGCACCAGCACCGCCACCAGCCGCGUUUGGAUUUGUGGACGGUAAAGCGAGCCCCUGAGACACGCGCGUCGCGACGCCCGCGUCCCCGGCAAACGAAGCUCGAUGGGUUUGUGCGACGCCCGCCCCCUUUGUCGCCGUCGCCACCGCCGCCGCUUCCCGCACCCGAACCACAUCCCCAGACAUCCGAGUGGUCAGCGCUCUUCACUCCACGAGCACCACCCUUGUGCACCGUCCACCGCGAGCCAGCCAUCUCGCGCCGCGUCACGAAGCCGGGUGUGAAUCACGGACGCACCUUUUGGAUGUGCGCGCGGCCCGUGGGGCCGGGGUAUGCCCAGCAAGCCGUGACGCCGUACCGCUGCCGCUAUUUCGCUUGGGACACAGACGUUAGGCGGCGUCGAUAG